CAACUUUUUUUUGAACGACGGCCUGCACUCUACCACGCGCACAAAAUGGAAUCUGGUCUUUGGAGUUGUGUUGUUGCACCUAACAAGCCCUUCAUCGUUCAGUGCCCCGCCUCAAUCCGCAUCACUAAUGUUGCACUUGGUGUACAAUUGGCGGACCAGUCGGCGCGUACCACUUUGAAGUUGAGCUACCAGCCCCCUGCCGAAAGCGACGAUGAGGAGGAAGAAAGCGAGGAUGUCAAACAAGAAACUACCUACAUUUGUGCUUUGACCCCCGGCAAGAUCGAGCAAUUCACCUCCAGCAUCGUUCUCGAGGAAGAGGAAACCUACUUGCUCGAGGUUGUAGGACCGAAUACUCUUUACCUCACUGGAAACUACAUCGAUUACCGCACCGAUCUUCCACCAUUCGGCGAUGAGGAUUCGGACGAAGAGGGCCAUUUCCUAGAAGAUGUCAGCUCCGACGUCGAGAUGGAUGCUGACGAGCUUGACGGUAUGGACGAAAUGGAGGACGUCCCUGCCUCAUCCAAAAACCUUAAACGCCCGCGCGAGGAUGUCGUUGUCCCUGAGAAGGCUGCUAAGAAGCAGAAAGGCGACAAGACUCCUGAGGCUAGCGAGAAGAAGGAGACAAAGAAAGAGAAAAAAGAGAAGAAAAAGGCGGAAGCACCCAAAGCUGAAGGCGAAACGAAGAAAGCUGCGGUCGAGCGCGAGAUUACUGGUGGUAUCAAAGUGAAGGACACCAAGAUCGGGACCGGACCCACUGCCAAGAAGGGGAACACUGUGUCCAUGCGCUACAUCGGCAAGCUUACGCACGGAAAAGUCUUCGACCAGAACACGAAAGGGAAGCCUUUCGUCUUCCACCUUGGAAAGGGUGAAGUGAUCAAGGGCUGGGAUGAGGGUAUUGUUGGAAUGCAAGCCGGAGGUGAACGUGUCUUGACUAUUCCUGCUCCUAUGGCCUACGGAAAACGGGGUUCGGGCAAAGAUAUUCCUCCGAACUCGACUCUGGUGUUCGAGGUCAAGCUUGUCGACAUCAAGUGAACUAAAAACUACACAGUAUUAUUGAUACCGUCGUUGAAUUUCUGCAUGCAUCUUUCACGGUGUUCACUCAGGCCCAGCGUCCUGGAAUGACCGGGUGUGAAGCGGAAAGGCCCCCAUCCACCGCAAAGUUCUGUCCGUUGACGUAGCUUGCGUCGUCUGUGCUGUUUCAGUCAAUGUUGACGCAAACUGGCACAUAAACUCACCGCUGGCUAAGAACAGAGCUGCCUGUGCAAUUUCUACGAUCAACGCAGUUAGCUAAGCAAGCAAACCCGAUUGAUCUCACCUUCGGCGACGCCGAAUCGUCCCAAAGGAUUCAGUUGGCCGAUUUUUGCAUCUGCACCCCUUUUGCGGGCAUACUCAAACGUGUCCACUGUCAUUCCUGUCUCGAUCAGACCCGGGCAGAUUGAGUUUACCCGGAUGGCUGUCUUCUGCAGUUGGUAUGCGGCUGUCUUGGCCAUCGAGUUGACGCUUUCCGUCUGUUAGCUUUGGCAUGCACCCAUACUCAGGCACUCACGCAGCCUUGCUGGCACUGUCUGCUGACGAUUAGUCGGUGCGUGAGAAUUUGACUGGCCACUUACAAUCGAGUGUGCCAGCACCAGAUCGGAUACCAGCGACUGUGCGCAUUGAGCAAGAAGGCAAGACGAGGCCACAAUGCACAAACCUGACGCGGUCAUGAUAAUGCUGCCCCCACUGAGCUCUUUGCCUUUCGAUGCAUCAGCAAUCUUCAUAGCCGCGGACCCAUAUUUGAUCGCCAAAAAGCACCUAGUAGCAGCGUGUGAUGUAAGGACUGCAAGUGGUUCAGCGCCAAGAAAUGACACGCACGAUAACGAGUUGACUUUCAUCGACUUCAUGAAUAGCUCUGUUGUGGUUGUCUCCAUGGUCUCUCUGGACGCAAAGCCAGCCUUUUGGAGAAUCAGGAACGACCACCAAACUCUUAGGACGGCGGACAGACGUUUGCAAAGAAGACAUCCAGUCGACCCUCUUCUUUCAGAGCACGCUGGCAGAGACCUUCUAUCGCUGCCUCGUCGGCUGCGUCCCCUUGUAGGGUUGUCACCUGAAGAAUACUCCAGCCACAAACGCGGAGCAAGGAUGACAUCGAAACCUACCUUAACAUCAGGGUAAGCCACGUUGAGCGUGGAGGCAAGAUUGGGCAAGUUCGUCUCGUCAAAGUCAAGCAGAUAGAGGUGUUUGGCGCCUGGCAAGCCAUGUGGAAACCGAAUGGUGACCUGGUGUACUCACUCACCCUCGUGUGCGAACAACAACGCUGUGGCACGUCUGACAGCAAGAUAGGGUUAUCGGGGCUGCAUGCAAAGCAAAUGCCUACCCUAUUCCCUUCAACGACCCCACACCUGUGAUGAUGCAAACUUUGCCCUUCAGACGCGACCCGCGCGGACUUUCCGCCAAGUGGGAUUGUAUCUUCUGGAUUCCUUCGUUGGACUAAGACAGGUGGACUGGACUGCAUAACUGCAUAACACACGGGAUUUGGUUGACUCGUAGAAGUCUCUGGGGUUUUGCGGUUGGCCGCGCGUUUUGUCGUAUCCAGACAUGAUCUGCUGCGAGAGAGUCGUAUACCCCUCCGGUCUCCCCACACCCCGGGCCCGGGGAUUUGAACUUCGGUGUUUGAUCGCCGAGUCCGAUCGCGACAAACACGUGCGGUCAUCAGGCUGAGCACUGCCACUGAUAGUCUUCCUCGUCUGUCGAGCACGACUCGAGCGUCCUUCCAGGCGGAGUCUUCGCGUGACGAAUUUGUCGUGGCAUCUAUAACUAUUGCCCAGUUUCAACUUUCUAUGCUAUCACCAUCGUCAAUCUAUCGUUGACUGCAUCGGUAUCUCGCCAUCUUGCACAGGCAAACUCAAGCCGGCUCGGUGUGUUCCGGGCGGUGGACUAUCGUUUGCUCUUUUGAGACGAGGGGCCGAUCACCUGCCCAGCCCGUGCUCUGAUGAACUCGCAGUCUUCCUUGGGCCCUCCAUACUUUCACUGCUAUCACCGGUGUAACGGCGGUGAGAAGGUUACCCUGAACGAGCAGGCACGAGCCCCGCUUCACAGCUUACAGGACGGCGUAUCGAGCACUAGUGGAGAGCGAGCUUUCAGGUCAUGUAUCACCUGGACUGUCAACUGAGGGCAUAUUCUAUCAGACCGGCACCUCGGCGUUAACCACUCGAUAUCAUUACCAGCGCCUCGUGUCAGUCAAGGCCUUGCGUCCUACCUUCAGCCCUUAAAGGUGCAUGAAGCCUCAGGUGGGGGCCUCGAGGGUCUUCUCACUGUAGUCGCUGACUCCUUCACUCUACUUUCUUUAUCUCCUAAUCGCCCGAGACUCUUGGUGUUUCGAGGAUUAAUUGCACAUCGUCUCCUUCGUUUUGAUUCCGUUCACGACCCCGCCAUGCCUCAAUCACAUAAGAUUCCCCCGACUCCGAAGAUGGGCAGCAUCUCCCUCCCCGACGAGCUCAGUCCCGAAGUCUUGCCCCGAGAUAAGAAGAGAAUCUCUUUCUCCUUUCUCAAAGGGUCAUCCAAGACCGACACUGCGCCCCGAUCCAUGACUCCUGCGCCGCUGCCCACUUCCAUUCACGACCCACCACGACAAAGCCACUCUCGUCGACGAGCAUCUUCGAUGACCAGCGGAUCAAUCCCACCGGUCUCGAGCUCCCGCGCGAAGAGACAGACGUUCCAAUACGGUCCGCCGGCCACAGAGCAGCCGCGACCGACCCUGAUUUCCGCAUAUAGUGCUCCUAACUCUGCCGCUCCUUGGAGCGACGAUGAACACCGAUCUUAUCCGCCCAAACCGCCCAAGCCCGUGCUCAAACGAAGCAUGGCGCAGGCCCCCGUGACACUCAGCUGGCCUCUGGUGGCAUUUAGCCAACGGGAGCACCUUCCUUACCCGAAAGUCUACUUUGACAUUGCUUUCGAUCCUCAGGACCCGAACAACCUCAAAGAUAACCGCCAUCGGCAUUUCGCGGAUUUAUCCCAACAAGACCGGGAAAUGCCGAUUUGUGUGAACUACCGGAUUACUGAGAUAGUGGUCGUGUGUCCUCUAGUCGGGUCUCUCGUCGUCAGACGUCCCGAGGGCUUGCGCUGCAUCGACGUCUUCUUUGCGAUCUACAGCAAGUAUCAGAAGAAGGCGGCUGCAGCACAGCUCCCGUCAGAGCCAGAUUGGGAUCGGUGCCAGCAGGCUUUCAAACUGCGGUGCAAGGAGGCCCCCGGUUUGACAGAAUACAACCGCAAGCUGGGGCUCCUCCGCGUGGAUCUUCUCUGCGGCCGCCGAAUAUUCGAUGGUCUGUGGAUGAGAAACGGGCAAUGGGAACUUCAAAUAUUCAAAGUGCCCAUAGUAUAGUCGUUUACCGCCGCUGGCAUGUCCAGAUAUCGCUCGACCAGGUGUCGCACCGUCCACUCUCCGCUCCUCUCACUCUCUGUGUUAUCUACCGUCUCAUCUGUAUAUCACCCCAGUACUCACAUCCCACUUUAUGAACAUCAUUAACAGAACAUUUUAACCGAUAACCGAUAGGAUUCUAG